UUGAGCUUGAAGUUUCAUCUGUGUGUUUUUCCUCUUGGUUCUGCUGGACUGAGCUGUCAGAGGAAAAUAACCCACAGGACUCUAAUGGCUAAAGUAGAGGUGGCACCGCUGAGGUCGUGGGAUGACUUCUUCCCCGGCUCGGAACGGUUCGCUAAACCGGAUUUUGGAGAUAUGGCAAGAUGGAACAACCGAGUUGUCAGCAACCUGCUUUAUUAUCAAUCUAAUUACCUGGUGCUCGCCAUUGCUGUUUUCUUCAUUGUCGGGUUCCUCAACCCCGUGGGGAUGCUCACUGCCAUUGCCGUGGUGUCGGCCGUCUUCCUGGGCUCCGUCUGGGCCGGAGAGAACCGAGCCGUGAUCAAGAACUUCAAGAGGCAGAACCCCACGGCGUUCGUGAUCGCCGUCAUGGUGGCCAGUUACAUGCUGAUUUCUCUGCUCGGCAGUGUCAUGACCUUUAUGACGGCAAUCACUUUACCUCUCGUUUUGAUAGUCGCACACGCUUCCUUUCGCCUGCGCAACAUGAAGAACAAGAUGGAGAACAAGAUGGAAGGCGCGGGGCUGAAGAGAUCUCCGAUGGGCCUUUUGCUCGAGGCUCUGGGACAGCAGGAGGAAAACCUCCUUAAGAUUCAGACUUUACUGGAGGAAAAAAUGAAGGAGUAGCGGCCACGUUUCUGCAAAAUCCAACAACUUUUAAGUUUCUCUAUUGUCUGGCAUGUUGACGAUAAACGAAAGACUGCAAACCAACAAACGUUAUCUCCUCCUUCAGGGUAUCUCGUGACACUCCGGUCUAAACUUGUCAGGGGUGCUUCUCUCGCUGCCCCGUCCCUCCCAGCCCUCGCACAGCUAUGCAAAUCAUGUCCCGUUGCAAGCUGCGAAGCCUCUUGUUUAUGAAAUCUGUGUUUAAUCAGUCUCGCAAAGUCCUCCGUUUGCACUCGAGUUGAAAUUGUGAAAGCGGCACGCAAGUGUUGCAGUUUCAACCGAGGCUGAAAAGUGCUCGCUCAACACGCGUCGCUGCCAAGACAACGGAGCGCUUCGAGUUCACGGAGGAGGAAAACUCUUCACAUUUUCGAGUGGAACUGUUUACAUCGGCCUGGAGUUGGACUGGAACCAGCAAGCUGCAAAACAGAGAGAAUCAUGCAAAAAGAGCGAGUCCUGCUGUGACUUCAGUCUGAUCACUUUUGUCAAUACUUGAAAGGGAAAACUUGAAAGGAAUUCUCCUGACCUCUUUAAUCUUGACAGUGCCUCGAUGGUGAUGGAUGGGCUAACGCUGACAUGCUAAUCGAUGACCGUGCUGCAGAUUAUGGAGCAUUUCUGACAGAGUGGAUUCAUCUGUUGUCAAUAAGGCCCUGAACUCAGAUCAGAUACUUUGAUGCUGCUCCGUCUAAAACGGAGUCCAGAUAACAAGAAUACACUUGUGGAAAAA